AUGAUGCCAGAUUAUCCAUUACGAUCUCCAUCCAGCACUAACAUUCAUCCGAAUGCUCGAUGGCAACAAAAUGGUAUCACUGUAGCUGGAGGAAAUCGACAAGGCAAUGGAAUCCAUCAACUCUCAGACCCAUUUGGUUUGUAUGUUGAUGAUGAUCAAACAAUCUAUGUUGCUGAUCGAGCGAAUCACCGUAUUGUAAGAUGGAAACGAGGUGCAACGAGUGGCCAAGUGGUUGCCGGUGGAAAUGGACAAGGAAGUGGAAAUCAUCAAUUGGAUAGCCCAACGGAUGUGAUUAUCGACAAAGAGAGAGAUAGUCUCAUCAUAUGCGAUCGUUCGAAUGGAAGGGUGGUUCGAUGGCCUCGUCGAAAUGGGACAAGUGGAGAAACAAUCAUCUCCAACAUCUCUUGUUUGGGUUUGACAAUGGACGAGAAUGGAUCUCUCUAUGUCACUGCCUAUGGAAAAGAUGAAGUGAGACGAUAUCGAAGAGGAGAAUCUCAAGGAACAGUGGUUGCAGGUGGCAAUGGAUAUGGAAAUCGUCUCGAUCAACUCUCUUACCCCGAAUACAUAUUCGUCGAUCGAGAACAUUCAGUGUACGUAUCUGAAUUUGGAAAUGAUCGUGUGAUGAAAUGGAUGGAACGUGCAAAACAAGGCAUUGUUGUGGCUGGUGGUCAAGAAAAAGGAAAUGGUCUUACACAAUUGUCAUUUGCUCGAGGAGUCGUUGUCGAUCAAUUGGGCACUGUCUAUGUGGCUGAUUUUGGGAAUGAUCGAAUCAUGCGUUGGCCUAAAGGAGCCACACAAGCAAGUGUCAUUGUUGGUGGAAACGGUAGAGGAGAACAAUCGAACCAACUCAAUGGACCCGUUGGUUUGUCAUUCGAUCGACACGGUAAUCUCUAUGUUGUCGAUGACGGAAACGCUAGAGUCCAAAAAUUCGAACUCCAAUCCAAUCCAAAGUGA